AGUUUUAAGGCUCGAUCUCUUGAACGUACACGCCACGCACUAUGCGGCUACGGAUUUGUGGCCCUUGGGACAAACGGGCUCUUCAAAUCUGGCAUAUUUAGCCGUCUCUUUUGUCGCCUAUUCGAUCUGGAUACUUUGGCUGUCGAGUGCAAGUGUGAACGAACCGGUGCAAAUGAUCGAAUUUGCUUCCUUCCAGGGGAGUUUCAUACAGUUCGAGGCCAGUGCUUUCUUUUUUGUUUUCCCAUCACACCUCUUAGACCUUCGUGCAUUUCCAUCACCGAACGAGUGCCUUAACUGCACACAACACAGCGUCUGAUUCGACGAAUGCGGUGGCCGUCAACCGCGUCUCGAAUCCGCUAGUUGCCUCCCCCAAACUCGACGCUCAACAUCGAAGAGGUCACCUCCAAUCGCGAGUUAUGGACGUAACGGCCCUAGAAGCCGAGGCGAAAGCCACUGCCAUCAAGCACAUCAUCACCAUGCUACAGCUGCCCGAACAGCUCGACAAGGUCCAACAGUACAAACGCCGGGUGAGCCGCAAGAAAGCCUCCGUCGAAGCCAUGCUCAAGACGGCGCUCCAGUCCCAACUGGACGGUUUCCGAACCGCCCUGACCCUCCAAAAGUCCAUCCCGAACGAUGUGCUCGAAGUCCAGCGCAGUCUCAACAACGACAUGCAGGAAAUCUUCAGGGACCUGCCUGGACUCACCGAACGCCUCCAAGAGGUCAAAGAAGAGAGCAUGCGGCACUCGCAGUACGGCGCAGCCAUAGAAAACCUCAAGCACAUCUUCAACGUUCCGGGAAGCGUUCAGAAGACCCAGGAACUGAUCGCCAGUGGCAAGCUUCUUCACGCGCAUCAGGCACUCUCGGACCUGGAGAACUCGAGGGACGACCUGCUCUUCGAGCUGCACAAGUUGCCCAGUCAGAGCGUCACCGACCGUAACAUGCUGAAGCAGUACUUCGCGGACGUCGAGAAACUCUCCGAAGACCUGGGCAAGCAGAUCUGGCUCGUGCUAAAGCGGACACUCAACUCGGUGCGCAAGGAACCGCAGGUGAUCGUGACGGCGCUGAGGAUCAUCGAACGCGAGGAACGUCGCGACAACGCGGCACGGGAGCGGGAACGGUCGUCGGCCGGUUUUCUGCCGCCGGGCCGACCGAAGGAGUGGAGGCGUCGGUGUUUUGAGGUGCUCGAAAGCGCCGUUGAGGACAGAAUCGAAGGGAACCAGUUCGAAGAGCGACACGAGAACAAGAUGUGGCUCGUGAGGCAUCUCGAAGUGACGCGGCAGAUUGUCCUGGACGACCUGCGGACCGUCAAAACGGUGUGCGUGCCUUGCUUCCCGCCGGAGUACGACAUUGUUGAGCGGUACGUCAAGAUGUACCACAACUGCCUGUCGCGCCACCUCCAGAACAUUGUGGCAAACCAGCUGGAAGGCAACGAGUACAUUACGGUGCUCGGCUGGCUCACCGUGUACUCGGGCGAGGAGCUCAUGGGUCAUCCGGACCUUGCCCUGGAUGUGGAGCGCCUCGGACCACUCCUGGGGCGCUCAGACGUCCAGGGUCUUAUCCAGAAAUACCUCGGCACGCUGGUGGCCAACUACCAGGACUGGCUGAAGAAUGCGCUCCAAUCGGACGUGAAGGACUGGCACCGAGAGUGUGAGCCAGACACGGACAGCAGAGGUUGCUACCACACCUCAGCACCCAUGAUUGUUUUCCAGAUGGUUGAUCAGCAUCUCCAGGUGGCCAAGACAGUGGGGCCCGACCUAGUGCGGAAGGUCCUCACCAUCAGCCUGGAGCAGACGACCAAGUUUGUCGGUGCCUACAUGGAGGCCGUGACUGAGUUCAAGGACCGCCACUUCGAGGACCGUAGCGUGCGCAAGCUCUUCACCCACUACGUGAUAGCAGUGGCCAACAACUGCCUCCAGUUCCAGCAGCUCUUCGACAAGUCAUACACAGACUGCUGCACAGGUCAGGCUGCCCUGUCCAAGGGGGACAACGAGACCUCGCAGGUGUACCACCGUCUGCAGCAAAGCCUGGACCGUCUGCAAGAACGCACGCUGGACGCGUUGCGGGACGAGCUGUUCCUGGACCUGGGCAAGGAGCUGGGCGACGUGCUGAGCCGCAAGUGGCUCCUCACGGGGCCCAACAUCGUGGACACGGUAUCGGCCACCAUCGAGGACUACUUCCGGGACUACGCCCGUCUGCUUCCCCGCAACCUGGAGACCCUCGCAGGACGCAUCCAAUGGCAGCUGGCACGCUGCUACGUCCAGGCCAUUCUGCAGCGCAAGAUCACCUUCAAGGGCUAUGAAGAACGCAAGGUGGCUGCCGAGAAAAUCACAAAGGAGGGCGAGCAACUGCGGGCCCUGUUCCAGAAGGCCUCCACUGGGAUGUCCUCGGCACAUGCGGCCUCCCAUCGCGGAGGCGGUUCCGCGCCGUCGAGUCCGCUGGACGCGCUGCCGCUGCUCGCCGAGGUGCUGAAGAUGAAGGACACGAGCUUGCUCAGCCUGGAGGUGUCCGGCUUGAUCAAGCGCUAUCCAGACAUCUCCGGGGAACACUUACAGUCACUGCUGCUGCUGCGCGGAGACAUGGCGCGCAACGAGGCGCGCACGCUCGUGGCUGAGAUGCGGGCGGACGAUCAGCCGUUGCACGCGGGUGCGCAGCGAAGCAUCUUUUCGGACAUUGUGCUCACCUAAGUGCUCUCCAGAAUGUGCGACGGUAGUUUUUUUUAUAUUUCUGGGUAUUUGCUUUACCCUGUGUAGUCAUAUUUGUCCCUGGAUAUUCCUUAGGUCCCUGCUUUUGCUUUAUGAAUAAAUAAUUUCCCUAAAACUUUCCUAGUUAACGAAAAAAGUGCUUGUUUGAGUGCAAGCAAGCUGGUGUUCGGUAGACCCUCAUUAAUUCAAACUCCAGGAAGCCAGAAAUUUUGUUUGAAUUAUUGGGAGUUUCAAUUAUCAGAAAUUCAUCUAGUAAAUGUAAUGCGAGAUAAACCUAUGAUUUGCCAUAUGAAUGGCUAGACAUACAAAGCAGAUAUUUUAGGAUUUUCUCUACAUGGGCCUAAUAAUCAUAAGCAGGUAUACAUGAGAGAUUGGCGAAAUGUAUGAGAUGUGUCUAUUUAUUCCUAAAAAAUGUUAUCUGCUGUAGACUGUUUAAACAGCACAUGACAGCUCAAAAUGAAAUUUUGUUCAUCCAGCAAAAAAGUUGUCUGUUGUGGACUAUUAAGCAAAGUACACAUGAGCGAUGGUCCUAUGCCAUGCCGCCACAUCACGGCGUCCGCGCAAGAUGCCAUGGAAACUGUCGCACAGCUCCCGUUUUCAUCGCUCAUGUGUUUCCUGCUUUAGCUCCGUUGAGUCUUACCGAGCAUCUGUGCACUGCAAAGAAGCAACACCCGUAGAAGCGAGCUUCGCAGGUGUUGCUUCACUGCAGUGCAUGGAUGCUUGGUAAGAAGCGCGCCCCACGGGGCCGCGAUAACAAAAAGCAUGAAUCGCUUGAAAACAGCGUUCUAAUUUUAAGCAGUCAAAAACAUAGUGUGACAGCCCAAACUUUUAAAUUUGUUUGAAUGAAGGAGAAGUAGGAAAUAUCCGAGUUUUAAAUAUUGCGAGUCUACUGUAUAUUGAACUUGGUGGUAGACACCGAGACUGGGGAAGAACAGAGAUAAAAGAGUAAUGCCAGAGUCCCACUUGAGCGACAAAUGGAAACAACCGACAAGCCUCGAAAACGUGCAGCAUGCACGCAAAGGUGUCUUUGGCAGGCUUGCAAUCACACGGGUUUACUUCACGAGCACUGAGAACAUGUAGGCCUAUCAAAGGUAGAAUCAUGUGCAUGCUUCGUGUGUUUUCGGCUCGUCAUUGUCAGUUGUUUCUGUUUGUCGCUCUAGUGGGACUCGGUCAUAAGAGGACAGAGACACUGUCUGUCCGCUUUAUUUACUGCCUUCUUACUGUUUUUGCUUUCACCCGGUCUUGGGGUUUACCAGCAUGUUCCCUAGUUAUCCCUGUGUAUCCCUAGAUAAAUGGAGUAGAUCUGGGGAUGAAUGGGAAGUGCUGCCCUACACUUCCCUGUUCAUCCCUAGAAGACAAGACACCUCCACAUUAUCGCUAGUUGCAUGCUGCAUUGCCAAAAGUACAGGGGUGAGAGUGUAAAUGCAAGUUGCAGAAGAGUGAAAAAUGAAUUCCUCCCUUGUCCGUACACCCUUUUGCAUAUCCCAGAGAUCGCUUUUGUCCUUAUCAGAGAUAAUUCUGCUACUCGAAAUUCAUACAAAAGGGGCUUCCCCCUCUCUCCCGUCCUUGGCAGCGCAGCAUGCAACUAGCGAGGGAGUGUAAAUGUUCCUUUAGGUACCUGUUUUCUACAAAAAUUUCCUACUUAUCCCCAGAAUAUACCCUAGACAAACAUAUUCUUUGCUUUCAGUUCUUCAGCAUUCACCUAUGCAUGGAGGAUGAAGGGUGCCAGACACAUUGAGAAUUUGCCCGUCUGUUGUAAUGUACAUGCGUAUCCGAUGGUUCUUUCUCCGGAAGCCAUGUAUCUGCAGCCACUAUAUUUUUCAUUCUUGCUUGUUUUGUUAUUGCCUCGAAAAUGACGGUACCUAAGUCCUGUUUGCAGAUGUGCAGGAGCCUAUAUGACCACCCUCAACAACUGCCACAGUUACCGGCAACCCCUCACUGAAACUAAAUAGUAGGAAACAUCUGCUAGUGUUUGUGACAACAGGCACCUGUUAAUUUAAUUUAUGGUUGCUGGUGAAAAUGAAAUAUUGUGAAUGACUUGUUUCCCACUGUGAUUUGGUUUCUUCAUAUUUCAGUAACGAUUACAAAAAUUAUAGUGACACAAACAGGUUAUUCAUGCAUUGGAUCCAUGUGUCCCUGAUUAUGAAAUUUUGCAAUUGUAAAAUAUUCUAAAACACGGAAUUUUGGUACAUUUAGAAGUGUACAAACAUACAGCUGUUUGCCGUCAACAAUAUUGCAUCUGGGGGGUUGUGGGAUUGAAAUUUUCUGAGAUUAUGGAAGAGCCUGCAGUUAUUUGAUUCUGCCUAUGGAAAGACAGAAAUAGAUCAGGAGUGCAAGAAGAGAUUUUUUUUUUUAUAGGAGUGAGGUUACUGGAAUUAUCGCAUGAUUGGACGUUGGAGCUUAAUUUACAUGAAUGUUUGAUCUGAAUUUCUUCAAAUAUGUGUCUGUGCUGCUGCUUUCUUAAAAUUUUCUUGGCUGUUUGUCGAGGCUAGUUAUUUGUUUGGUUUUCUACUGCUUUGGGAAUUCUAGAAUCUGUUCCGAGCCUAAGUUGUACUCCGUUAAAGAGUUACGUCGGCGUUUUUGUCAUAGUUCCCGAUUUGCCCGAAAAUUUGCUACGCACCAACAAACAUCGCCGAAAUAGUAACCCAAUUAUUGGUUAAAAAUUUUUUUUUGCCCAGCAGCACAAAGCAAAUGCUGGGCAUAGUCCAUUUUUUGACAGCCUGCUCGACUUGCAAGCCUGCCUUACCCUAAUGUCGCGGCACUGAAAAGCGCGGGUAUAUUUGAAUGUUGGUUUAUGGCAUCAUUUUGACUCGCCGAUUUCAGAAUAACUGUACUAAAUUUCGCGAUGCUAGAUAGCAUACCGGGAAGGGUAAAGGCCAGUGAUUCUGAAAAUAUAGUUAGUUGGGGUAGCUAAAAAAAAAUCGCCGAAGCACCCCUUUAAAAGUGAGCUGGCCUAUCUGCCUGGUUACAACCACCCUCUUUUAUGUGGCAAUCAAACGUGAAUGUUGGGCUCCAAGAGAGAUGUCGACUUGAUUUGCCGAGCCCUGUGUGUUAAACAAGGAGGUUUUCUAUGUGUUGUUCAGCUUGUUUAUUUGUGGAACGUGGCAUCCCCACAAUGCGUUUUCAAAGUAUGUCGUCUUGCGUAGUAUUGGUGUGGCCAAGAGACCACGAAUCUGCUGGUCAGUUGUGUGUGUUUUCUUUUUCUUUUGUUCAUUCAAUAACAAGCCUCCAAGGCAAUGUGAUGGGAGACAAAGUGUGCAGUGUAAAUAGUGUGCAUAAAGAAGAGUUCAAGUUGUUCUUACAUUUGUAUCUGCUA